GCCGCCUCUGCCGCCGCCGCCGCGCAGGCGCAAUCCUCCCCGGAUCGGCUGAGCCUGCAUUUCCCGAGCUGUGAGCGCGGCGUUGCUGCCACAGUCCGGGCUUCACCGGCCGCGGGAGCGCCACUACCAUGAACUGCCUCGCCCGCUUUCCCACCGCGACUCCACGACGGCCCUGGGCGCUUCCAGACACCGUCCGAGAUCCCCCUCCUCUUCCUCGCCGCCCCUGCCGCUGCGACCCCUUGGCCCCAGAGCCCGGCUCUGCAGCCGCAGGAUGCCGGGGGGCAAGCGAGGGCUGGUGGCACCACAGAAUACCUUUCUGGAGAACAUCGUCCGGCGCUCGAGCGAAUCAAGUUUUUUGCUGGGGAAUGCUCAAAUCGUGGACUGGCCUGUAGUAUAUAGUAAUGACGGAUUUUGUAAACUCUCUGGAUACCACCGAGCGGACGUCAUGCAGAAAAGUAGCACCUGCAGUUUUAUGUAUGGGGAACUCACCGAUAAGAAAACCAUUGAAAAAGUCAGACACACGUUUGACAACUAUGAAUCAAACUGCUUCGAAAUACUCCUGUACAAGAAAAACAGAACACCUGUCUGGUUUUACAUGCAAAUUGCGCCCAUAAGAAACGAACACGACAAAGUGGUGUUAUUCCUGUGCACUUUUAAAGAUAUCACUUUAUUCAAGCAGCCGAUCGAAGAUGAGUCAACCAAAGGCUGGACAAAAUUUGCACGGUUGACACGAGCGUUGACGAACAGCCGGAGUGUUUUGCAGCAGCUGACUCCUAUGAACAAAGCUGAGGUGGUCCAUAAACAUUCAAGGCUAGCUGAAGUUCUUCAGCUGGGUUCGGAUAUUCUUCCACAAUACAAGCAAGAAGCUCCAAAGACGCCACCACAUAUAAUUUUACACUACUGUGCUUUUAAAACCACAUGGGACUGGGUCAUCUUGAUUCUCACCUUCUACACAGCCAUUAUGGUUCCUUACAAUGUGUCCUUCAAGACGAAGCAGAACAACAUUGCAUGGUUGGUCUUGGACAGUGUGGUCGACGUCAUUUUCCUGGUGGACAUAGUCUUAAAUUUUCACACCACCUUUGUUGGACCUGGCGGAGAAGUCAUCUCUGAUCCCAAACUCAUCAGGAUGAACUACCUGAAAACCUGGUUUGUGAUAGACCUCUUGUCAUGUUUACCUUAUGACAUCAUCAAUGCCUUUGAGAAUGUGGAUGAGGGGAUCAGCAGCCUCUUCAGUUCCUUAAAAGUGGUACGUCUUCUGCGACUGGGCCGGGUUGCCAGAAAACUGGACCAUUAUUUGGAAUAUGGUGCUGCAGUGCUGGUGCUUCUGGUCUGUGUCUUCGGACUAGUAGCCCACUGGCUAGCUUGUAUAUGGUACAGCAUUGGGGACUAUGAAGUUAUUGAUGAAAUCACAAAUACCCUUAAGAAGGACAGCUGGCUCUGCCAGUUGGCAGAGAGUAUUGGAACCCCUUAUCGGUACAACUCCUCUGGAUCAGGGCAAUGGGAAGGAGGACCCAGUAAAGACUCACUUUAUAUAACUUCGCUCUAUUUUACCAUGACAAGCCUUACGACCAUAGGAUUUGGAAACAUUGCUCCGACCACCGAUGGAGAGAAGAUCUUCUCCGUAGCCAUGAUGAUGGUUGGCUCUCUUCUUUAUGCAACUAUUUUUGGAAACGUCACCACCAUUUUCCAACAAAUGUAUGCCAACACCAACCGUUACCAUGAGAUGCUGAAUAACGUGCGAGAUUUCCUGAAGUUGUACCAAGUACCCAAAGGCCUUAGCGAACGAGUCAUGGAUUAUAUUGUCUCCACGUGGUCCAUGUCCAAAGGGAUCGAUACAGAGAAGGUCCUUUCAAUUUGUCCCAAGGACAUGAGAGCGGAUAUUUGUGUGCAUCUCAACCGAAAGGUUUUUAAUGAACACCCAGCUUUUCGGCUAGCUAGCGACGGCUGCCUACGAGCCCUUGCGGUGGAGUUCCAGACAAUUCAUUGUGCUCCUGGUGACCUCAUUUACCACGCCGGGGAAAGUGUUGAUGCUCUUUGCUUUGUCGUCUCAGGAUCCCUCGAAGUCAUACAAGAUGAUGAGGUGGUCGCUAUUUUAGGGAAAGGGGAUGUGUUCGGUGACAUCUUCUGGAAGGAGACGACUCUGGCCCACGCCUGUGCUAACGUUCGAGCACUCACCUACUGCGAUUUGCACAUUAUCAAGCGGGAGGCCUUGCUGAAAGUUCUGGAUUUUUAUACUGCUUUUGCAAACUCCUUCUCAAGGAACUUGACGCUGACGUGCAACCUGAGGAAACGGAUUAUCUUCCGAAAAAUCAGUGAUGUCAAAAAGGAGGAGGAGGAGCGCCUACGGCAGAAGAACGAAGUGACCUUGAGCAUCCCGGUGGACCAUCCUGUCCGAAAGCUGUUCCAGAAAUUCAAGCAGCAGAAAGAAAUGAGGAACCAAGGCACGACCUUCGCUGACCCGGAGAGGAACACCCUCCAAGUGGAGACGCGGACCCUGCAAAAUGGGGCCGCCAUCACGGGCACCAGCGUGGUCACCGUGUCUCAGAUCACACCCAUCCAGAGCUCCUUGUCUUACGUGAAGACCGAGGCCAUGAAACAGAACAAUCGGGAGGCCCUGGAGAUCAACCCAGAGAGCAGCGGCGGGGUUACUGGCGGUGGGGACCCUAAAUCCCUCAAGGUCACUAGCCCCGUGCGGAUGAAAAACGGGAACGGCAAAGGGUGGCUUCGACUCAAGAACACCAUGGCGAGCCAAGAAGAGAAGAGGGAAGACUGGAACAACGUCACCAAAGCAGAGUCCAUGGGGCUGUUGUCCGACGACCCCAAGAGCAUCGAUUCGGAGAACGGCGUGACGAAAAACCCGCUGAGGAAAACGGACUCUUGUGACAGCGGGAUCACGAAAAGUGACCUUCGUUUGGACAAAGCUGGGGAGAACCGCAGCCCCCUGGAACACAGUCCCAUUCAAGCGGACGCAAAGCACCCCUUCUACCCGAUUCCCGAACAGGCCUUACAAACGACGCUCCAGGAGGUGAAACACGAACUCAAAGAAGAGAUCCAGCUGCUAAGCAGCCGAAUGGCCACCCUGGAGAAGCAGGUGGCUGAGAUUUUAAAAAUACUGUCUGAAAAGGACACCUCACAGACCGCUUCUCCCAAAUCCCAUUUAUCUCCUCAGCUAUCGUCCCAAAUACCCUGUCAGGAUAUUUUUAGUGUUUCGAGGCCCGUGUCGCCUGAAUCGGAAAAGGAUGAAAUCCACUUUUAAUAUUCACCCAUUUCUCUUUGUAUACUAAAUGUAUACUGUGAAAUGGGCCUGCAUACCUGCAGAUAUAGAGGUGCAUAUAUUUAUAUACACAGAGAGACACACGUCGGUCUGGGUCUGUGUGUAAGGUGUACCCAUAUAUACACACACAUGUGUGUAUGUAUAAAUAAAUUAUAGAGAGAGAUAUAUAGAUAUAUAUAUAGAUAGAUAUAUCUAAACAUAUAUAUUUUCACUUGCAUUCAAUAUGACUUGAACACAAGAAAAUGGAUUUUGAUAUGUAAAUAUUGCAUGUCCAGCUGGAUUCUGGCCUGCCAAAGAAAACAGUUAUUAAUAUAGAUAUUGCUUGUAUAAUAUGCAGUUGACUGCAU